CACUUCCUCCUCAUCUCGACUCAUUCAUGACUUUCAACAUGACAACCCAAAACAAACUCAAGAGCACGCUCGACCACUUUCGAGAUUCAUUGGCAGACGUAUUGCCCAUAUUUCUAUUCCGCAUCACGGCGCCGAAGGCAUAUCGGAAACAACAGGCUGCAGCCAUCCAUAAUGCCACCGAGGCCCGGGCCCAUCAACUACCCACCGAGAUUCUGCUCUUGAUAGGCGAUCAUCUUGCUCCAGCUUCCACCAUUCUAGUCCGACAAACGUGUCAGAGGAUGCGAUAUACGAUUUCGCUGAGUUCGGGCUUCUUUCCGCUCAACAAAUUCGACUAGGAAAACUCGUUCAUCGAAAAAGAUCAUUACUCUGGGCGAUUUAUUUGGUGCAGCGCAUGUAGCACCCGACACUUACCAACCCUUUUCUCUGCCCAGCAGAAGGCUUUAAGUCGUCUUGUGCAUCGUUGCAUCGGGACCGAGCAAAGAAUGAGGCUUUGCGCGCAUCACAGCUUCACGUACGACGAAAUCAAAGCAAUUGCCGGCGGUUGGGGCGCUUUCCACUGCGACCAUGAAAGCCAUUGCGGCGAACGAUGGCCCUUAAGUUUUCGACCAAGGCUUACAAAUUUCUUUGGCGACACGCUGGUUAGUUGCUGGUUCUCGAUCUUGUGCGUAGUGAAAGGUAUUCCAAUCUCCAUGCCAGCACUGGAGGCGGCGCUGGCCGCCUCUGAGGAACCCCUAUGCCCACACUUGCGGCGGAAUAGUCCUGGAAUCCUACGACUCGCCCAGGAAGUGGCCCGGGACAGAGAAAAGCUGAGGUUGACAUGGCACCGGAUAGAAGAAGCUCUUUGUUCGCACGGAAGCUCAUUGAUCGCGUCCGAGGAGUGCAAGGCAUGGCACCGUCGGAGAGAUGAGAAGGAUUUUGACGUUGAACAGGGCGCAUGGAUUUCGGAUUCCUGGUCCACGAACUGCCGCGAUUUAACACUUCUGCGAGUAAAUUAUGGGGAAGUAUUCGCCUAUGAACGCGGCUGCGGCUGUCGCAUCUAUGUGUACAUGCGCCGUCUGCCGGGAGAGAGCAGGGAGGAAAUGAUUUUAGGGACAAGAAGGAGCUGGCUAGAAAGAAGGACUUGGCUUGAUGCGUCCCGACUAGAUGCGUCCCCGACCGACAAGAAAUGA